AUGACGCCUCUCGCGCACGCGGACGUCGCCUUCUGGUGGACGGUCGUCGGCGCGCUGACGUUCCCUUUCCUCUUCUUCGUCAGCGCGCCGUACGGGAAGCUCGUCCGCGACGGAUGGGGCGGCCGCGUCGACGGUCGCCUCGGAUGGUUUAUCCAAGAGAUCCCAUCCCCGAUCGUCCUCACCGUCGCGUUCCUCCGCGGCGCGAACGAGGUCGCGACGGACGAUCUCUUGACGUUUCCCGACGCCCCAACUCUACCGCCGAGCGCGCUGACGCGCGCGUGCGUCGCGGCGUGGUGGAUUCACUACCUCAACCGCGCAGUGCGAUACCCGCUGACGCGCACGAUGAGCGACACGACGGCGCCGGUGGUGGCGAUGGCGAUCGCGUUCAACUUAGGCGCGUUCUGGUUAUCACGCCGGUCCCCAUACGACCGCGUUCGCGCGCUCGCGCACGGCGGCGCGCACCUCAACGAUCCGUCGCUCUUCGUCGUCGCCCUCGGCGGCGCGCUCUUCCUCGGCGGCGCCGCGCUGAACGUCGCCUCGGACUCGACGCUCCGCGCGCUCCGUCGCGGCGGCCCGCGGAAAGACGCCCGGAAGCACUUCAUCCCUCGCGGCGGGAUGUUCGAGCUCGUGACGUGCCCGCAUUACCUCGGCGAGUGUCUCGAGUGGGCCGGGUUCGCGAUCGCGACGCGAACGGUCGCGGGAUGGGCGUUCGCGUUCUGGACGUUCGCGAACCUGAUGCCGCGGGCGGUGGCGUACCGGAAGUGGUACCGCGACAAGUUUGGCGCGGCGUUUCCGAAGCGUCGACGGGCGAUGAUUCCGUUCGCGUGGUGACGACGACGACGACGGAAGAACCUCCUUCUUUCACCACCUCAUACAGUAGGUCAUAAUUAAUUACAACGAUAUCAAUAGG